AUGCAUUCACAAGCACUUUUAAGACCAACACCAUUUAAUCCAUUUAUUCAACAACAACGCAAUCAAAAAAUAUUUGUUGAUGGAAAAGGAACUGGACAUUGGGCACCAGAAAUUUGGGAACCACCAUGUGAAUUGCUUGAAGCAGACCACAUUUAUUUAUUAAAGUUAGAAGUUCCAGGUAUUGAUAAAAAAACAUUAAGUGUUAAAUAUGCAAAUAAUUGGGUUGUUAUAACAGGAACUAGACAAAUUGAAGGUAAAAUAGAAUUUACAGAAUUUCUAUAUGGUACUUUCAGAAGAGAAAUUCCUCUCCCAACUGAUGUUGAUGGUGAAAAAAUUAAGGCUAAGUAUCAAGAUGGAAUACUUGCUGUCGUUAUCCCAAAGAAAUCUCCAAUGGGAUGGGUAAAAGUUGAUAUUAACUAA